AAUCAUAAUAAUGACUGUGUUCAGCUUCCUCAUUUUCUUCUUCUUGUGCCACCACCUUUUUUUAUUCAUUCAUCGUUUGCUGUAUUUGUCAUGGCUAAAGACAAUAGAGGACAUCCAAGCGGCGGCAAGCCAUCUUCGACUGAAUCUUUCUGCUACACCAAAUACAGAUACAUGUUCGGAGUCUUUUCCCUCUGGAAUCCUCUGAAACUAGUUAUCAACUUUCUUAUUCUGCUCAAUUUUUUGAAAAUCACUAUUUCAACCAAGGAACCUGACACUGAAGGUAAUGCUUUAAGAGAUCUUUUGCUCGCACUCAAUGAUUCAAAUAGACAGAUAAAUUGGGAUACAAAUUUAGUGAGUCCUUGCUUUAGUUGGACUCAUGUCAAUUGCAGAAAUGGACAUGUUGAAUCCCUGAACCUGAAUUCACUUGGAUUUUCGGGAACUCUUUCACCUGCAAUUACGAAACUGAAGUUUCUGGUUGCCCUGGAAUUACAGAACAAUAGUCUGUCAGGGCCCUUACCUGAUUAUCUUGGCAACAUGGUGCAUCUACAAAAUCUAAAUCUUGCCAGCAAUAAAUUCAGUGGCUCUAUACCUACCACUUGGGGUCAGCUAUCCAAUUUGAAAAAUUUGGAUCUCUCAUCUAACAAUUUAACUGGAAGAAUACCCGGGAAACUCUUUUCUGUUGCAAUGUUCAAUUUUACAGCAACUCAUCUUGCUUGUGGCCUGAGCUUGGAAGAACCUUGCAUCUCGGGGUCUCCCCUUCAAGUUUCAACCAGCAAGUCAAGACUCAAAGUAAUUGCAACUUCUGCCAGCUGUGGUGCUUUCAUUCUUCUGAUACUCGUGGCUGUUCUGGCAUACCGAUAUCAUCAAUUUCACAAAGAGAAAAAUGAUAUCUUUGUUGAUGUUGCUGGUGAAGACGACAGCAAAAUUUCAUUUGGGCAGCUUCGGAGAUUUUCUUGGCGUGAGCUUCAACUUGCAACAGACAAUUUCAGUGAAAGCAACAUAAUUGGUCAAGGAGGGUUUGGAAAAGUUUACAAAGGUAUCCUCUCAGACAACAUGAAGGUUGCUGUGAAACGACUUGCGGAUUAUUACAGUCCUGGCGGAGAUGCUGCAUUUCAGAGAGAAGUUCAACUUAUCAGUGUUGCUGUUCAUAAGAAUCUUCUAAGGUUGGUUGGAUUCUGUACAACUUCAUCUGAGAGAAUCCUGGUCUAUCCAUACAUGCAAAAUCUUAGCGUUGCAUACCGCUUGAGAGAAUUAAAGCCUGGUGAGAAAGGCUUGGACUGGCCAACAAGGAAAAAAAUUGUCUUUGGUACAGCGCACGGAUUGGAGUAUCUACAUGAGCAUUGUGAUCCUAAGAUUAUACAUCGCGAUCUAAAGGCUGCGAACAUCCUGUUAGAUGACAAUUUUGAAGCCGUUCUAGGAGAUUUCGGGCUAGCAAAACUAGUUGACACGAAAUUCACUCAUUUUACUACUCAGGUGCGUGGUACCAUGGGUCACAUCGCCCCAGAAUACCUAUCUACUGGAAAAUCAUCAGAAAAGACAGAUGUGUUCGGAUAUGGCAUUACACUUCUUGAACUGGUAACCGGUCAGCGUGCAAUAGACCUUUCUCGUCUCGAGGAGGAAGAGGAAGUUCUUCUGCUUGACCAUAUCAAGAAGUUGUUGAGGGAAAACAGGCUUGAUGACAUCGUGGAUGGAAAUUUGAAAACUUACGACCGCAAAGAAGUCGAGAGUAUAGUCCAGGUUGCAUUGCUAUGCACGCAUAGCUCACCUGAAGGCCGCCCCAAAAUGACGGAAGUGGUGAAAAUGCUGCGAGGCGUAGGCCUGGCCGAGAGAUGGGCAAAGUGGGAGCAGCUCGAGGAUGCUAUGAACCAAGACUUGGCAGUGCUCAUGUCUCAACAAUAUAUCUGGGCCGAAGAUUCAAGCGUUGACCAAGAAGCUAUACAAUUGUCCAGGGCAAGAUAGAGCUUCUCCAACAUGCAUGGAAUCAAUUUUGAGAUAGACUUGUCAAACUAAUGCAUGGUUACUAUAUUUUAUGCUAUAGAUUUUUGUACAUAAGCAAGAAAAUUACUUGAAAAAUAUACUAUACCAUGUGGCUGGCAUACAGAAAAUGCCAGUUCCAUCUUCUAUGUUUGUACCUGUUACAAUUGCAUGAGGAUAUAUGGUAUAUAUGGUUUGGGAAUGGUCUGCCUCUGA